AGCUCGCCGUCGCGUGAAUAUGACGUUUUACAUGACGACACUUUCUAAUUCUUUAGCCACCGUCACGCAGCUCAGUGUUUAGUUUGUGUUAAAGUGUUGUCUCGGUGUUAAGUGUUUAUUUGUGUGUAGUUCACACUGGUUAGUGGUGACUUUCCUGUCAGGACCCUGUGUUUGUUCUCUCCCUCAGCGGGGGAACAAAGAGAGCAGAGAUGUAUAACGGGAUCGGAUUGACCACGCCGCGUGGCAGCGGCACUAACGGCUACGUGCAGAGGAACCUGUCGUCCGUUCGGGCCAAGCGGAACCGAGACGAUCACGGGGGACCGAAGGACGAGAAGGACAGAGAGAGGCUGGAGAGUCAGCUGAACCGGCAACCCAAUGCUGAUAUCCUGGAACAUCAGAGGAAGAGACAGCUGGAGGUCAAGUGUGCUGAACUGCAGGACAUGAUGGAAGAGCAAGGGUACUCCGCUGAGGAGAUCGAGGAGAAGGUGAGCAGUUUCCGUAUGAUGCUGCAGGAGAAACAGGAUCCUCCUCCACCUUCUGCUGAGAAACCAACUGUGACUGAGACACACGCUCUCGCCGCCGCCAACCAGCAGAAGAACGACCGGCUCAGGGAGGCGUUCGGCAUCGGCUCGGACUACGUGGACGGCUCGUCCUUCCACCCUGAGCGUAGAGAGCGAGAGAGAGAGAAGAGGGAGCAGGAGAGGCUGGAGAGAGAGAGGCAGCAGCAGCAGAAAUAUCAGAUCAUCGAAGACUCCGAUGAGUCAGACUCCUCAUCUCCUCGAAAACAGAGCCGUAAGAAGAAAAGAAAGAAAGAAAAAAGCAGAGAGAGCUCUGAAAGUCCUUCCCCGUCACCUCGGAGAGAGAAGAAAAAAAACAAGUCGAAGAAGAAGAAAAGGGAGCGCUCGGUGCAGAGUGACUACGGCAGUUCGUCUGAGGACUGGUCGGAUAACAAGAAGAACAAAAGGAAGAGGAGCAGCGAAAACGAGACUCCGCCUCCAACGAAGAGCCGCCGUCGCCGCAGCAGAUCCUCCAGCUCGGCUCACAGCAGGUCUCCGAUGGCGUUAAAGGAGAAACAGCACAAUCCGCCAGUAGCUCGGGUGGAUGAGGGGAGGAAGGGCAGAUCUCCUGAGCGCAGGGGUCGCCACAGGGGCAGUCCAGAGAAGAUGGAGAAGUCUUCCAGACAUUCCAGGUCUCCUGAGCGAAACAGAAAGGACCAGGAAAGAGAGAGAGGGAAGGAAAAGCCCCAAAGGGGGCGCCGUGACGUGUCAUCUCGAUCGGGGUCUCGAUCUCCGCCCCCUAAACAGCAGAGAGACAGAAGAGCGCGUAGCGAGGAGCGAGACGGUGCAAAACCUCCUCAACGGAACCGACACAACUCGUCCUCUCCUUCACCAUCUCCAAAACGACAGAGAGACAGGAAGCAGAGGAGCAUCGAGAAAGAGCGAGAGGAUGAGGGGAGGAAGCGGGAAAACAAACCCCAGAAAAGGCACGACUCCUCCUCAUCAGCGUCGCCUUCACCACAGAGAGACAGAGCACGCAGAGGACGCAGCAGAGAGAAGGAGAGCGUGUCUUCACCUGCACGUCCUUCAGACAGGGACAGGCCGAGGGACAGAGACACCGCCAUGCAGAUUCGAGCUAGAGAGAGUGAUAAACGUAAGGAGAGCGACUUACCUGUCUCGCCUCCUCGCCACUCACCACGCUCCAACGGAAAGCAGAAAGAGGCGGAGCGUGAGAAUGAGCGAGCGAGGGAGAGAGAGAGGGAGGAGGUGAGAAGAAAAGAGCGAGAGAGAGAGGCAGAAAAGGUACAAGAGGAGGCAAAGAGGAAAGAGCGAGAGAGAGAGGCAGAAAAGGUACAAGAGGAGGCAAAGAGGAAAGAGCGAGAGAGUACCAGAGGAAAGGGAAGAGAGGAGGUGAAGAGAAAAGAGCGAGAGAGCGACAGAGAAAAGGAACGAGAGGAGGUGAAGAGAAAAGAGAGCGACAGGGAAAAGGAACGAGAGGAGGUGAAGAGAAAAGAGCGCGAGAGCGACAGAGAAAAGGAACGAGAGGAGGUGAAGAGAAAAGAGCGCGAGAGCAACAGAGAAAAGGAACGAGAGGAGGUGAAGAGAAAAGAGCGAGAGAGCGAUAGAGAAAAGGAACGAGAGGAGGUGAAGAGAAAAGAGCGAGAGAGCGAUAGAGAAAAGGAACGAGAGGAGGUGAAGAGAAAAGAGCGAGAGAACGACAGAGAAAAGGAACGAGAGGAGGGGAAGAGAAAAGAGCGAGAGAGUGACAGAGAAAAGGAACGAGAGGAGGUGAAGAGAAAAGAGCGAGAGAGCGACAGGAGCUGCUCUGAAGAGAGAUACGGGAAGGUUGUGGAGACGGGAGACAGGAGGACGGAGCGAGAUAAAUCCACAGCAGAGACGGAGAGACCGGGUGAGAAAGUGAGGGAGGACGAGAGACCAGGAAGAACACGAGAGAAGAGUCCACUGGAGAAAGGGAGAGAAAAACCACAAAACAAGGAGAAAGAGAGAAAGAAAUCCAAAGGGUCGAGCAGCAGCAGUGACAGUAGCAGCAGCAGCAGUGACAGCAGUGACAGCAGCAGCAGUGACAGCGACUCCGACAGUUCGUCGUCAUCAUCCUCCUCCUCUUCGUCAUCAUCCUCCUCCUCUUCAUCUUCCGAAGAUGAAAAGAAUGAGAAAAGUAAAAAGGAGCCUCAUGCUGUCAUGGUGCAGGCUGUGGCCCAGACGGAGAAGGGAGAGCGAGACAAAUACACACCCACAGACAGGGAGAGUGCUGCCUCUGCCUCCACACAGGCUCUGCCCAUUAGAAAGGACAGAGGCAGAGACAGGAGAUCUCCGUCUCCACAGAAGGAGCGACAGAAAGAAAGAGAUUCGGGAAAAGAGAGGUACACUCCCACUGAGACCUCCAGCCCUCCUCCGUCUCCUGCAGAACGAACGAGGUGCAGUCCUGAGAACACAAGAACCCACGGUAAAGAUCCAGAGAGGCCCAGGGAGCGAGGGAGCGACCAGCACAAGCCCUCCGACCUCGGGCACAGAGAGAAGAACAGGACAAGUGAGAGAAUGCGGGCGUCUCCGCCCAGAGCCCGGCAUGAGGUGAACCAGAACAAACGGGCCACGGCACCAUCACGUUCUCCAUCACGCUCUCCAGCACGACAACGUGCAGAUCGGCCACGCUCCCCGAGCCCCAAGCGAGGAGUCAGGAGACCGACACCACCCUUAAGGCGAGACAGAGGGAGACCAGGAGACGGACAGAGAGUGCGCUCACGAGAAAGGAGGACGAGAAGCAGCAGGUCCAGAAGCCCACGUAGACGCUCACCUCCAUACAGGUCCCGUCGUUCUCCCUCUCCUGUGUACCGGCGGAGAAGUAGUCGCUCUCUAUCCAGGGAGAGGGAAAAAGAGAGGGAGCGAGAGAAGCAUCGUGAACAAGAAAGGGAGAGAGAACGAGAACGUGGCAAAGAGAGAGAAAAGAAAGCAAGAUCACCCCCUCGUCGUUCUCCGUCUUCGUCCUCUACAUCUUCAUCGUCCUCGAGUUCGUCCUCUUCGUCUUCACCCUCUCCUCAGAGGAAACCCGAUCCCCAAAAGGACAGAAAGUCAGAGAAGAGGCUUCGUUCUCGUUCCUCUUCACCCCCUCCCACUCAGGAUUCUCCUAAACGCUCUAGACAACCGCCUCCGUGCUCCAGAUCUCCUCCUGCCAGCCAAUCGGACGUCAGAAAGACCUCACGAGGUCGUUUGAGGAGCCAGUCGCCUUCAGAGAGACACGUGACUGAGAGCCAAGAGCGGCCAAUCAGAGGGGAGAACGCAGUGAACGGGAAAGAAGAGAAGAAAAUCGUGAAGCAACAGAAAAACGAGUGCAGGGACAGCUCCAGCUCUUCAUCCUCAUCCUCCUCAUCAUCUUCAUCCUCGUCCUCUGAUAGCUCUGACUCCGAGACAGAGAAAGGGCAGGGGAAAGCAGCAGCGAGUAGACGCUCGUCCUCAUCAGAGAGGGAGGGAGCGAAGAAGAAAAGUCCUCUGCGUCGGACGAGAGAGCCUGCCGACUCGCUCAGAGACUCCAGAUCGCUCAGUUACUCCCCUCCUGCACGACUGCGCAGAGCCGCACGCUCUCCUCACGCUCGGAGGAGAUCCAGGAGCAGGUCAAACAGUCGGCGGAGAAAAUAGUAAAUCUAGCUGUACAUCACUGAUGGAUCCUUCAUAUAUUUCAUUUUCCUGACUUUCUAUUGUGUCUUUGGAGGAAGAAAAAAAAACACAAACAUGUUUGUAAAUUAUGAUUCACACGAGUUCUGAACUGAAGCGAGGAAUUAUCUCCGAUUGUCUUCUCACGUUUACCCACAGGGAUGUUUUUUUUUUUUUAUUAUUACUUUUAUUACGGUGAUUACGGCGUGGGAAAGAAGGAGAGAGAGAAGCACUGCAGAUGUAUGACAUGUUCCUCUGUGCCAACACAGCUGAUCUACUCUAAAUACACCAGUGUCAGUCUCUCUCUCUCCCCCUAUCACUCUCUCUCUCCCCCUCUCUCAUUCUCUCUCCCCCUCUCUCACCCCUUCCCCCCCAUCCCCCAGUCUUGCUGCAUUGUUCAGAAUGUAGAUACGUCACUAUGGUCAGAUUUGUCACUGAGUGAACUGUGUCCUGUUUUCACAGCUUUUCCUUUCACUUUGUGUUAAAGGACUAAUGAAUAAAUAAUAAAUGGUUGUAUCUGUAA